CUCGUUGUUCCCUCCCCCUCUCCUGUGACGUUCCUGCUCACCCAGCAGGAAGAGGGAGGUCGUGGGGACCCGUCUGGCACUGCCUUGCCCGGCUCUGUCCCCUCUGACAGGGCAGCUCCCGGCCUCGAGAACAUGUCCUGGAAGGGGGACGAGUGUGUGAGUCCCCCCUCGUGUUUCAUCCAGCACCUGGACCACCUUGUGCUGACUGUGAAGAGCAUCGAGGACACUGUGGCCUUUUAUUCCAAAGUGCUGGGCAUGGAGGUGGUGACUUUCCAGGGAAAUCGCAAAGCUUUACGUUUUGGCAACCAGAAGUUCAAUCUGCACGAGGCUGGGAAGGAGUUCGAACCCAAGGCCCGGUGCCCAGUCCCUGGCUCUGCAGAUGUCUGCCUUGUCACACAGGUGCCCCUGGAGCAGCUGCUGGAUCACCUGAAGGUCUGUGGGGUGGUUGUUGAAGAAGGUCCCGUGGCCAGGACUGGUGCUGUGGGUCCAAUAACAUCCAUCUACUUCCGAGACCCCGAUGAGAACCUGAUCGAGGUUUCCAGGUACUGCAGUCAGUGAGGGGGAGCUGGGACCUCAGCCCAGCCUCUGCCUGGGUCCCAGCAGGAGACAGGAGGCAGAGCCCAGCCUUUGGAUGGCCAGCUCCAAUCUUCCCCUUCAUAAACCUAGAACAAGUCUCCAGUCCCAGCCAUAAAAGUAGGGCUGCAUGGACAUCGAGAGUUUUCCCACAGCAGAGUUUUCCUGCUCGGCUCCCACU